CUCUCUCUCUCUUUGCUUCUACUGUAUCGAGCUCGGAUUUUGCUCGCCACUGUGCGCCUUUAUUUUCUCUUUCCUAGGGUUUAUUUUUGGUUAGACACGGAAGAGGUUCUGAUCAUGGCGUCGAUGUCGUCGUCGGAUCAUGGACCUAAGACAGAGACGGGAUGCAGCGGAGGAGGAGUUGGAGGAGGAGAGAGCUCGGAGACUGUGGCGGCGAGCGAUCAGAUGAUGUUAUAUAGAGGUUUUAAGAAGGCGAAGAAGGAGAGAGGUUGCACAGCUAAGGAGCGGAUCAGUAAAAUGCCGCCUUGCACCGCUGGCAAAAGAAGCUCCAUAUACCGUGGAGUCACCAGGCAUAGAUGGACAGGUCGGUACGAAGCUCACCUUUGGGAUAAGAGUACCUGGAACCAAAACCAGAACAAGAAGGGAAAACAAGUAUAUCUAGGAGCAUAUGAUGAUGAAGAGGCUGCUGCUAGAGCUUACGACCUUGCUGCCUUGAAAUAUUGGGGCCCUGGGACACUUAUAAAUUUUCCGGUGACUGAUUAUACCAGGGAUUUAGAAGAAAUGCAAAAUCUCUCAAGGGAAGAAUACCUUGCAUCUCUACGUAGAUAUCCCUUUGGCAGAAAAAGCAGCGGUUUCUCAAGGGGAAUAGCGAAAUAUCGUGGACUUCAAAGCCGAUGGGAUGCAUCAGGCAGUCGGAUGCCUGGACCUGAAUACUUCAGUAACAUUCAUUAUGGGGCAGGUGAUGAUCGAGGAACAGAAGGUGAUUUUCUUGGUAGCUUUUGUCUGGAAAGAAAGAUCGAUCUAACAGGAUACAUAAAGUGGUGGGGAGUCAACAAAACACGUCAACCAGAAUCUUCAUCAAAAGCAUCAGAUGAUGCAAAGGUAGAAGAUGCCGGAACUGAGCUUAAAACACUGGAACACACAUCCCAGGCAACAGAACCAUACAAAGCGCCAAACCUUGGCGUCCUUCGUGGAACUCAGAGAAAAGAAAAACAAAUAUCAUCACCGUCUUCCACCUCUUCUGCUUUAAGCAUUUUGACUGCAUCACCUGCUUACAAGAGCCUGGAGGAUAAAGUGCUGAAGAUCCAAGAAAUUAGCAGCACUAGAGAAAAUGAUGAGAAUGCGAAUCGUAACAUCAUCAGUAUGGAGAAGAGUCACGGCAAGGAAAUAGAGAAACCGGUUGUGAGUCACGGAGUUGCUCAGGGUCGUGUCUAUGUUAUGGAUUGGGAAACAUUGGCCUAGGGCCUAUUUUAAUAUUUGUUAAAACCUUUAGACUUUUCUGUUUGUCUGAUCGUGAGAUGAAUUUGUCGACUUGACAUCUCUUUAUAUCUCUUGUGGAGAGAAAGUUAGGAGAAGUGUGACAAUGGUCUGAAGCAGGAAUGUACAUGUUUUUGUUAGUGGUUGUGUUUUUUCAAGUGUGUAAUAUA